UUCAUAAGCAAAACAAAAUUGAGAAAAAUCUCCAUCUCUCUCUAGACCUUUCUCUAGAGAGAGAAUCUAUAUCUAUCUAUAUAUAUAUAUAUAUAUAUAUCAGUGAGUGAGAGGAUUUAAGAAGAUUUCUUCUUCUUUAUUUCUGAAAAAUCUGUAAUUAAUUAAUAAUGGAAGGAAAAAAAUUUGCAGUUCUAUUAUGUGCAGAGGAUUCAGAAUACGUGAAGAAGAAAUACGGGGGUUAUUUCGGGGUUUUCGUGAGAAUGCUGGCGGAGGAAGGGGAAACGUGGGACUUUUUCCGGGUGGCUCAUGGCGAGUUUCCGACGGAUGAUGAGAUCGGAGAAUUCGAUGGAUUUGUAAUCACCGGAAGUUGCAAUGACGCGCAUGGUAAUGAUUUGUGGAUCUGCAAGUUACUCAAUCUGCUCAAAAAAAUUGAUUCAAUGAAGAAGAAAGUUUUGGGUAUUUGCUUUGGACACCAGAUAUUAGGACGAUCAUUGGGUGGCACUAUAGAGAGAGCUACUAAUGGUUGGGACAUUGGUGUGACUACUGUUAAUUUAUCAACGUCAAAGCAAUUCAACUCUCUCAAAUUACCUGCAUUUUUGCAAAUUAUCGAGUGUCAUCGCGAUGAGAUCCGUGAACUUCCACCAAAGGCAGAGGUAAUGGCAUGGUCCAACAAAACUGGAAUUGAAAUGUUUAGAUAUGGUGAUCAUAUAAUGGGCAUUCAAGGUCACCCUGAAUACACCAAAGACAUUCUUCUCCAUCUCAUCGAUCGUCUUCUUCAACACAACCUUAUUGAGGAGAGCAUGGCUGAUGUGGCCAAGGCAAAGGUUGAAGAGUGUGAACCAGACAGGGAGCAAUGGAAGAAAUUAUGCAUUAGCUUUCUCAAGGGUAAAUUGUGAUUGCAAUUGGUCAAAAAGUGUAAAUAGGAGAUGAUAUGGUGUUAGAUGAACUUUUAGACUGUUUUGGGACUUUUGAACUUAUUAGACAUCCAUUACAUGUCCUUAUCAACAAUCUUAUAUUAAACUUUUUAACUAUUGAAAUUGAUAACUAAGUUCAAUUGCAAUUGAAUUAUUUUCAUUCA